CAAAAAUUCCGACACUCCCACAAUUGAAAAAAUGCAUCACAGGCACUCUCCCGUCCACUUAGCCAGCCAGCUACCUCUCAACCUGAAGUGACAUCUGAUGAAGCACGUUGUAUAGAAUUAACGUUCACGGCUCCGUAUUUGAUUGAAAGAAAAAUGAUCCCAGAGUUGUCCAAACCCUCAGUAUUCAUGAGGGAUCCUCAGAGGGUGCACGAGAUCCUGCAGUCCAUGAUGAAGGCAGGCUCCAACACCGUCCAGGUGAUUUCAGACUUCGACAUGACCCUAACAAGAUUUGCAUACAACGGAAAAAGAUGCCCUACCUGUCACAAUAUUCUUGACGACAGCAAACUCAUCUCUGAGGACUGUAAAAUACAGCUGAAGGAGCUGCUGAACACAUAUUACCCCAUAGAGAUCGACUCCUCACGGUCAGUGGAGGAAAAGCUGCCUCUUAUGGUGGAGUGGUGGACGAAAGCCCAUGAAUUACUGGUACAACAGAAGAUUAGGAAAGACCUUCUGGCUGUGGUGGUGCAGGAGUCUGAAGCAAUGCUGAGGGAGGGCUAUCAGCUCUUUUUUGACCACUUGCAUGAGCACAGCAUCCCUCUGCUCAUCUUCUCGGCUGGUAUAGGAGACAUCCUGGAAGAGGUCAUUAACCAGGCUGGUGUCUUUCAUUCCAAUGUCAAAGUCUUCUCUAACUACAUGGAUUUUGAUGAAUCUGGAGUGUUAAAAGCCUUUAAGGGAGAGUUGAUCCAUAUCUACAAUAAAAGAGAAGGCGCCCUGCUCAACACCGGCCAUUUCCAGGAGCUGCGGACACGGCCAAAUGUUUUACUGAUGGGCGACUCUCUAGGAGAUCUGACCAUGGCUGACGGGGUGCAGGACAUGGAGAACAUCCUGAAGAUUGGCUUCCUCAAUGACAAGGUGGAAGAGCGGAAACAGUCCUACUUGGACUCCUAUGACAUUGUGUUGGUAAAAGAUGAAACCUUAGAAGUCCCUAAUGCUGUACUGUUCUACCUCACUGGCAGUAAGUGAGAACUGAGAACUGCUUGGUAUUGUACACUCCAGUGCCAUCAGCUGAGGAAUUCCCUUCACAAAGUGACAGUAAGCCACCAACUAGGAACCACUAAGUGUCAUUUUCUAUUUAGUGAAGUUACACACUUGAAUGGACGAUUCUGGGUUAUUUCCAGAAGUCUAGACACAGCUCAUACACACAUCACCCUUUUUUAAUCUCGUUCCACUGACUUGCUCUCAUGUUUUUGGUGGAAGCCAGACUUGCACUGUGUACCAGCAUCGCGGGUGUUUUUUUACGGUGUUUGUGGGAACGUUUUUUCUAUUGAAUGUAAUGAGAAAGGGAAAAAAAAUGCCCAACAUAAACGUUGGCACUUCAUUCGAUUUGACAUUUAGAGACACCAGUAGUAAAACUCUCCUACCUAAUUCUAACCUAAAACCAGAAUUUAAUUAAAAUACAGUUUUAUUAGUCUUCCUUUUUUACAUCUUGCUACAACUUGUUAAAAUAAAUGUUUGGCACAUUUAACAGCACACACCCUACUGACUGAACUGUGAAAGCUGCACUUAAUUUUAAAAGUGAAAUCAAUCAUAAACAGAAAUUAAAAACUUUUUUGGUUGCAGGUCAUGCAGACAUGAAACAAUCUAUAAGAAUUAACUGCUACCUCAGUCGUGUUAAUGUAUCAUGUAGAAACAUUUUUAAAACUGCAUUUGUUAGCAUUUCUAAUUAUUAGAAACUGAAUACCUUCAGUAAGUUUAACUGUAUUUCUUAUGAAAAUGUACAUCUAUUUAGUUUAACACUUCACAUCCAAAUGUUCUGCCCUUUGUUCUUCUACAUGAGUGUUUGUUGUUGUCCAUUAAAUAAAUGUCUUUUUUAACAAUA